CUGUCUGCUUGAUCUACUACUGCGGAUUGCUCAGAAUAACAAGACUGCUCGCUAAUUCCCGUCUAUCGGGGCUGUCGGCGAAACACCGAGAGAGUAGGGUCCAAAAAAAAAAAAAAACCCAACAGGGCAGGCAAGAACGCCGCGCCGCCGUUGUCCGCACCCCAGAAUGGCUUCAGGAGAUCUCUACGAGGUGGAACGGAUCGUGGACAAGAGGCGAAACAAGAAGGGUAAGUGGGAGUACCUGAUCAGAUGGAAAGGUUAUGGAAGUAAGGAGGACACCUGGGAACCAGAGCAUCACCUGCUUCACUGUGAGGAAUUCAUCGACCAGUUUAACAGCUCGAGACGGCAUUUGCACAAAAGACCAAAGGUCGACAAACGUCCUGGUGAGAGCCUCACGGCCAGUCAGCAUACAGUGGCAGAAAGUUCCAAGGCACGGUCAGAGGCCCGAAAGAAGAAAAGGACUAGCGUUCCAGCUGUUGGCAUGGGAAUUGGAUCAGUUUUAGGAAUUGGAGGUGGAGUUUCAGGGCCCACUCAAAAACAGAAGAAAGUAGUUACUGGAGCUGGAAAACAUCCUUUAGGAGAGAGAAUGAGUAAAGCCAUGACAUUCAAGGCUCAUCCAUCAAGUGGGUCUCACUGUUUUACCUCGAUGAGGGUUCCUCAUAAUGGACUUCAAAAUGGAGAGAUGGAGCCUCUUAUUUAUGACACAGCUGCAAGGUCACAUCGACUGCCCUCCGAUAAGGUGGAUACAGAUCUAAGAGAAAAAGAUGCCGCUGGACCACCGCUCACUACUCACCUAGACUCUCCUCUUGCCAGUGUGAAGAUGCAUCUGCACAGCUCAGUAAAGCGGAAGUUGGCAGAGGAGAAAGGCUAUGUGUUUGACAAGCGGCUCAGGUACAAUGUCCGACAGAACGAGAGCAACUGUCGAUUCAGAGACAUUGUGGUCAGGAAGGAGGAGGGCUUUACGCAUGUCCUGCUCUCCAGCCAAACCACAGACAACAACGCUCUAACACCAGAGAUCAUGAAGGAAGUCUGUAGAGCUUUGGGGAAUGCAGCUGCUGAUGACAGUAAGCUGUUACUCCUCAGCUCUGUGGGCACGGUCUUCUGUAGCGGCCUGGAGCCCUCAUACCUCAUAGGGCGUUUGUCCACUGACCGCAGGAAGGAGAGCAGCCGAAUUGCAGAAUCUGUACGAGACUUUGUGUUGGCAUUUAUCCACUUCAAGAAACCUAUUGUUGUGGCAAUAAACGGACCUGCUUUGGGAUUGGGGGCAUCCAUUCUGCCUCUCUGUGAUGUGGUGUGGGCGAGCGAGAGAGCAUGGUUUCAAACACCAUGUGCAGCCCUCCACCUCACCCCAUCUGGAUGCUCCUCUUACACCUACCCACAGAUUCUGGGUGUAGCUUUGGCCAAUGAGAUGCUGUUUUGUGGAAGGAAACUUACAGCACAGGAAGCAUGCAGUCGGGGUCUGGUUUCACAGGUCUUCUGGCCAACCACAUUUAACCAAGAGGUGAUGCUGCGCGUGAAGGAAAUGGCAUCAUGCAAUGCAGUGGUCCUAGAAGAAUCUAAAUGCUUGGUGAGGAGCAUCCUCAUCCCAGUCCUGGAGGAAGUGAACGAGAAAGAGUGUCAGAUGCUAAAGCAGCUGUGGUGUUCAACCAAAGGACUGGAGGCACUCUUCAGUUACGUGCACAAUAAAAGCAGUGAAAAGUAACCCCGCAGAGUCAGGAGGAGGUAACGGCUACUGCUGGUCUGAUGCGUCCUGGAUAGGGACAUCCAAGAUGAAAAUGCUGUGACUUACUCUGAGGCUUUGGCUCCAUCCAUCAGAGAAAACCUUCUGGACGUGUGUCUACUUGUGUCACUAGAAACAAAAAUAAAAACUUAACAUCAUUUUUUUUUUUUUUUGUAUCAGAGCUUUUUAUUGGACCCACUGUGUAAUAAUUUCUAUGUUCUUUUAGCAGCAGGGGGCAGCUGUGCAUCAUUUAAAACAGAGAUUAUCUCACUUAAUGUAACAAAGGAGUAAUGCAUAUUAUUAAUAUAUUCAGAUAUUUAUUUCAGAUUUUUUUAAUCUAUGUAUAAGAGAUUUUUGUGAUUUGUUUUAUUUAGUUAACGGGUGUGUUCUGUUUGGUUCUUGGCAUGCACUUUAAUAUUAUCCUCCAUAUAUGAACUGAAAACAGCAGCUUUAGUAAAAAUGUUGGUGGUUGUUCCAAGAUGAAAGCUCAAGAUUUGCCACAAUUUAGCAAAAAAUGACCUCAGUGUGUCAAGAGAACAUGGAACAACAAGUAUAUUAAUAUUUAAGGUAUACCUCCUCAAAUCAUUCAUAUCCCUAAGAGAUUUAGAUGUGAAAGUAUUUCCAUUUGACCAAUGAAUGUUUUCUUGCUGGUUAAUUGGGCAUCUAUGUAAGAUAUAAAAAAAGUACUUUGUUUUUAAGAGAAUAAAAUGAUUACAUUUAAGCCUCAAUGUCCCUUCUGAGGUGUAGAGGCAGUAAAUUAGCACAGGAAAACUAAGAACAUGAGAUGCAACCAAAGGUUUUUAAUUACAUUUUAAUGAAAAGGAAAUGGGCAUACCAUUAUACACAAAUGUGUUUGGUCCUUUUUAAUCAGCUACCAAAAAAAUCUUCAAAGGAAUUGAGCAUUUGGUGGUGGCCUUGUGGUUAGAGUGGUACGCUUGUGUUCUGAGAAGGUUGCAAGUACCCGGUUCAAUGCCCACAGCCUCCUCUCUGGGUCCAUGAGCAAGACCCUUAACCCCUGAUUGCUGCAACGUUGCCCACUGCUCCCCAAGGGGAUGGGUUAAGAUGCAGAAGUGAAUUUCUCCGUUGUGAGAUCAAUGAUAUUUAUUAUUAUUAUUCUUUAAAUCCCUCUCUUCACCAGUGAACAGCUUGUUCCUUGUUUACGCUCAUAUUUUGACUUCUUUUGAUAUGCUUCCAGUUUUUAAGGUUUCCUUCCUUCCUAUCACCCUUUAGCCUUUUCUCCCUCCACAGGUUUCCUCAAAGUUUACUUAUGAUUGAUAAUUCAGUCAUCAUUUAAGACCGUUGGUGUGUGAUGCAUUUUUUUUUUGGAAGAUGUGGAUUGGAUGAUUAUGAUCCUUGAUUGUAUACACUCAGUACUUGUACAUUUUUAAGUAAUAAGGAAGGAAAAGAAAAACACACUAAAAAGUCAAUUAAAGUGUCAAAAUGUGUGUGACUUGAGCCAGCCUGGUCCUGAUCUGCAUGUUUUAUUGAGUAUUUCCUUGAAUAGGAUAUUUUGCAGAGUGUAUUCUAUUAAAUGAUCUAUUUUGUUUUUGCAAAGUCUACAUAUGUGUAGGUCUGUGUAAACUGUUUAGGAAGAGAUGUAAAUAAUUAUACAGUGAAGAUUUACUUGCAUGUAAUAUAUGGUAUUGUACUUCAGGGUAUGUUUUUGUAGCAUUGUAAUUAUUUUUCUAUUUAUUUUAGAUAGCAUUGAAGGUGAAGUGUCAUGUGGCUUCUCUUUGCUUACAGUAGCACUGCAACACUUUUCAUCAAUCGUAAUCUAAAUUAGAUUCCAUAGGUUAACUGCGAAUAAAUUAAGAAUAAAGCUGAUUUUAGAUAAUAUAUUAAUUUCAGAUAAAUUAGAAGCAUGUCCAAUGUUUAUCUUUUGUGUUUUAUGGCAUUUAUGGAUAAGAACAAGUAGAUAACAUGGGAUUUGAUGGAUUUUUCAAGUUGAGACUGUGUUAUUUUGUGGUUAUGGAUUGACUGGAGUGAUAAAAAAUUUCACAAAGUUUUCUUUUUUUAUUAUUAUUAUUAUUUUACAAGUAAAGAUAAAUUUAACAAAUGUUAUAUUUUGAAUAUUAUUAUUUUAAGCCAAAUGAGAAUUCUGAUUAGAUACAUUUUGACAGAUUUUGUUUUAAAAAUUUUAAUCAUUUUAGAGUCAGUAGAUGUUCCUGCAUUUUCUGAGUAUAAAUAGCAGAUAACAGCCUUGAGAUUAAGCAAGCAGGACCCUCAUGCUGUGACUACUUUGAAGUGUAAGUGAAUGUUAAUAUGUUCUGGUGACUUGCACCCACACAUAUUCUUUAAAAUGGGGUUUUUAUCUAUUUAUUUCUCCAUCAUGUUUUUUUUUUAUGUAUCUAAAGGUGUCCAAUUAGAUACAUGAUCAGUUUUUUUAA